GUCACAUAUCACUAGCAUAAUUAAUAUAAGUGACAUGCCUUAUAAACAUAGAGAUCAUUUAGCGUCUCGCAAGAUUAUUUGUGCUUGUUGUGGUAAAAAAAAUUUAAAAUGUUCUAUGCUGGAACCUGGAACUCAGAUCCUAAAUCUGGUUCAAAUGUAUGCAAACAGCAACUACAAUCCAGAUCUACUUUCUAGCCCAACAGGUUUAUGUUCAAGCUGCAAGGUUUACUUAUACUCUGCCAAAAAAGGAGAGUCAUUAUCUAUUGUAACUUUAGAAAAUUGGUUGCUCACAUCUGAGAGAAUUAGAUUACUUCCAAGAUUUAAAGGUGAUGCAGAGUCAACCUGUGAUUGUCCACUAUGUGUUAUGUCCAGAGAUAAAUCCAAAGAGGUAAACCUGAAGGAUGUUUUAAGUGUUUAUUUAAAUGAACCUGAGAUAUCAAAUGAAGUUAUUAAAAAAAUUUGCUUUAAUUGUUAUCAAAGAAUCGGAGUGGGAAUUCGACAUUCCUGUAGUAAGAAAGAUACUGUGGAGAACUUAAGAAUGUUGUUAAUCUCAAAAGGUUUAAAAACAGUAGAACAAGUCCUCUCCAAAUCUUUAAAAGAAAUCCAGCAAGUUCAAAACAUUCAAAUGGGGGAAACUAUAAAAUUGUCGACAGGCGGAACUCCGUUGAGUCUACAGAUAGGAAAGAAGAAGGCAAUGAAAACAAUAUCAAGUCAAACUUUCUAUAAUAUAAAAAGAAAGCACGAUCUAUCAGAUUCUACAAUAAAUUCAAUUGCAAUGGAUUGCAGAAAAGAUUUGGGUAGAUUGGGGGUGGAAGCUAACACUUCAAAGAAAAUAAAGAUAUGGUCGUGUAGUCUUGAUGAUUAUUACGCAACAGAAAAAGUGGAGUUUACAGCUAAGAAAAAGGUUGGAAAUAAAAACAUCCUACAUACUGUAAUUAAAGAUUUAGUGUAUGUGAAAGAUUCCAAAUCACUUGUUGAACAUAUUUGCACUGUUAGGGGACUAGCAAUAGAUAAAGUUAUUAUUCGUGUUGGAAUAGAUGGUGGUCAAGGAUCCUUAAAAUUUGUAAUGAAUGUUUUUAAUAUAGAAACAGAUAUUGACUGUCGAGAAAACAAAAAUACUGGUGUUAAUAAAGUUCUGGUAUUGGCAUUUGUCAAAAAUGUUACUGAAAAUCAUGCGAACCUUCAGAUAAUUAUCAAGAAAAUAAUGCUCAACAGACUUAAGUUCUACUUAGCAGCAGAUCUUAAACUGCUAAAUAUAAUAUUAGGCUUAUCAGGACAUGGAGGUAAAUACUCUUGUUUAUAUUGCAAUGGUGAAAAGUCAAAUUUAGGAGAAUUGAGAACUUUCAAAAAGUUAAAGUUGCUGUAUGGAAGUUUUGCUGAAAAUGGAUCUAAGAAAAGUUCUAUGCAGAUCUACAAAAAUGUAAUACAUCCAUGUCUGCUUGAUGUAGCUGAAGAUACACAUGUACUUGAUGUAGUUCCUCCACCAGAACUUCAUUUGCUGAUGAAGAUUGUUACAGAGAUUUCUAAUGUUUUAUGUAAAGAACCAGAAAUUGCUGUAUGGUUAAGUAACCAUGGGAUAAUUUGGCAUGGAUAUAAUGGAGGUGGGUUAGAUGGUAGAAAUGCUAACAAAAUUCGGAAGCUAUUGCCUGAUUUGGAACAACAUAUUUUUGACCAUUAUCCUUUUUAUCAUCCAGUUGUUGAACUGUUAAAAUCGUUUUCUAUAGUUGUCGAUAAGUGCUUUGGUAUGAAACUUCAUGAGGGUUAUGCAGGUGCCAUUGCAAUGUAUGUUAAGAAGUUAAAGGAAACUGAAAUUUAUGUUAAAGUUAACUUUAACCACAAUCUCUCAAUGGGGUGGAAAGGUCAUAUUAUUGAACACCACCUUGUUAUUUUCUUAAACAAUAUUAGAAUGCCUCUAGGUGUAUUUGCUGAGCAAUGUUCCGAAUCUGUUCAUCACAACAUGCUUAAUACUUUGAGUAGAUUCGCAACAUCUGAAUCCAGAUCAAACCAUGGAGAACUAUUGAGAAGAGCGGUGUUAGAAUAUUCAAGCAAUAGAGUGUAGAUGAUUUGAUAUAAAUCAAUCAUUGGAUUUUCUUAUUAUAAUACGAUUACUUAUCUUUUAUGUAAUAUUGUAUUUGUCUUGUAAAUUAUACUUUUUGUAUUAUAUUUUGUAUAUUUGUUAUUUUAAUACUCCAUAAAUUCAUUUCUAAAUUAUGUUGCUUUUUCUGUAAGUUUAUCCAUAAGCUUAAUUUUGUUAUCAGCUUGAUUGUUAAUUUUUCAUGGACUUUCUUAUUUUAAUAUAUUCUAGUUAUAUUUUAUUAUGUCUUGGACAUUAUAAUUGUAUUAUAUUAUACAU